AUGGCUGAACAAAAGAAGAAACAACUCCACUUGGGUGCUUUCAUGCGCCCGGUGAGUCUACAUACUGGAGCAUGGCGAUACCCUGGCGCAUAUCCCGACGCCAACUUCAAUUUCCAGCAUAUCAAAUCAUUUGCUAAAAAAUUGGAAAAUGCUAAAUUCGAUGCAUUUUUCAUGGCAGAUCAUUUAGCGGUGUUAAAUAUGCCAAUUGAAGCUUUGCGACGAAGUCAAACAGUGACCUCAUUCGAACCAUUCACGCUACUAUCGAGUUUGGCUGCUGUGACUGAUCGCAUCGGGCUUGUCGCUACUGCUUCGACCACCUACGACGAACCUUACCAUAUCGCAAGACGUUUUGCCUCUCUUGACCAUUUAAGCGGUGGUCGCGCCGGAUGGAAUAUCGUCACAACUGCUAAUCCCGACUCAGCACGCAAUUUCGGUAAGGAAGAACACAAGGAGCAUGGUGAACGUUAUGCCCGAGCUCGUGAAUUCUACGAUGUAGUUACUGGGCUUUGGGAUUCAUUCGCCGAAGAUGCUUUUAUUCGCGACGUCGAAAGUGGUAUCUUCUUUGACCCCGACCGUAUGCACGUCCUGGAUCACCACGGAGCUGAGCUCAAUGUCAGGGGACCAUUAAACAUUGCGCGACCACCACAAGGAUGGCCAGUUAUCGUACAGGCUGGACAAUCGGAACCAGGACGUCAACUCGCUGCCGAAACCGCCGAAGUAGUAUUCUGCGCGCCUCGUACGCUUGAGGCGGGUAAAGAUUUUUUCAAGGAUGUGAAGGACCGGGCUGUUGCUGUGGGACGUGAUCGCGAUGAUAUCAAGAUAUUACCUGCCGCCUUCGUCCUUGUCAGCAAUACCGUUGAGGAGGCGCGACAAAAGCGAUUGAAGCUAGACAGCCUUGUUCAUUACGACAGUGCAAUCGCCUCACUAUCCAUUGCGCUCGGUUUUGAUGCCUCCAAGUUGGACCCCGACGCCCCUCUACCAACGGAACUUCCCGAGACCAACGCUAGCAAAUCAGGUCGCGAAGGGGUUAUAAAGCUCGCUGCGGCUGAAAACCUAACUGUCCGCCAACUUGCACAGAGAUAUGGCGGAUAUUCCAGUCUUGCCUUUGUUGGUACGCCAGAGACCGUAGCUGACGAAAUGGAGCAAUGGCUUUUGCAAGAAGGCUCGGAUGGUUUCAAUGUUAACUUCCCCUUCUUGCCAGAGGGUCUUGAUGAUGUGGUUAAACUCUUGAUACCUGAGUUACAACGACGUGGGAUCUUCCGUAAAGACUAUGAGGGGACUACUCUACGUGAGCAUCUAGGACUUAAACGGCCUAAGAAUAAGUUCUUUUCUUAA